AUGAUCACAAUAGAGAAGUUCAUCUAUCUUUUGGAAUAUCCAUUUAACAUUCUAAUACUUGGCACUUUGAUCUUUGGUGGGCCGUAUAACGAGACUUUCUAUCAGUAUCUGCCACAGAAACUGUAUCGCUUGCAGACGCGUUUGUGCGAGGAUCCUGAGCUCACACAGCAGUUCUAUGCCUCUCUAGGACGUCGGAUACUAAAGCUGCUAAUAUCUGUUUUCAUUUUUCAUGCUACCUGUGUUGCUUUCGAUGUCCUAUGCUGUGACUAUAAUUGGCUCUGCACCCUGCACAGCAAUAGCAUCCAUAAUUUGCCGGGUCUCAUGAUCAGCUUGAAUCUAAUCCAAUACGCAAUAGCUCUGCACAUACUCUGGCAGCUGCACGUGCAAUUGUGCGAUCGUUUACUGGUGGUGAAGCGUCUUCUCAAUGAGAGCUUCCUUCCGCCAACAGGAUAUCAGAAAUUACUGGGCGCUGGCUAUGAGAAAGCCUUUUGCGCCUUUGUCGAUGGUCAUAAGGAGAUGGAGAGCCGGUUAACAGAGGCUGUACAGCUGCUGGAGAUGCUUCGUCUGACUUCGGCAACCUUGGAUCGAUUGCACAGCAAGUUGAUUGGCAUCCUUGGCUACGUACUGCUGCUGAAUCUGUGCAAUUCCUUCUUUAGCUUCUGUGUGGACUUUUUCGCCAUAUAUAAAUUCUUUGAGGAGCCCAAUUGGCAUAGUUAUGCGCUCUUUCUAUAUCGUGUGCUAUGGUUAAUCCUUCACGGUGGUCGCAUUUGGCUAAUACUCAAGGGCAAUGAGCGCAUUGUGGAGCAGAAAUGUGAGCUGUGCUUGCUGCUCAAUGAGCUGGACAUUUGCGACAAGGAGUGCGAGCGCGUCAUUAAUCGUUUCCUGCUGCAGCUCAAUGCGGAUGAGGGCCAUGUUGUGGCCGCCUGUGGUGUAAUCGAUUUGGACACCUUAGUGUUGGGCGGGUUCAUCGGGGCUUUGUUGGCCAUUGUUAUAUUUCUAAUACAAAUUGAGCUGGGCAAUAACUCACUAAUGGGCAUUGCGUUGAAUAAAUCAGAGUGGAAUUAUUUUUAACUAGCAAU